AUGGCGGAGCUCCGCCACUCCUCUUCCCUCGGCAGCCGAGCAACCAAUUCUCCAAUGAAGCGUGACGCCAUCGCCGUCGCCGUCGGCGGCGCUGGCGAUUCCUCUCCGCUCAUUACCGAGAGCCACCUCACCGACGACGACGAGCACGAUCGCCACUCGUCCAAGGAGCGCGACAGGCAUGUCUGCUCCUUCUUGAACGACGACCCUAGGGUUUCGCCUCACCACUCCAGGAUCUCUCUGUUUUUCACCUUCCUUCUUAUACUCGUUGGUUUAGUCUCCGUAUUCACAAUCUUCCAUAAACUCAAUGCCCCUUACUUGUGUAAAAAGGACGGCAUUGUUCUUCAUUGCCCACAUGUUAAGGAAUCGCCAUCUCUUUGGGAAAAUCCUUUCUCAUCCACGACAUCUUGGAGGCCCUGUGCCGAGCGCCGGGAUGGCGUUUUAUCAGAGCUUCCUCAUGAAAACGAAACAAACGGCUAUAUAUUCAUCCAUGCUGAGGGUGGUCUAAAUCAGCAAAGAAUUGCGAUAUGCAAUGCAGUGGCUGUAGCCAAAAUAAUGAAUGCCACUCUUAUUUUGCCUGUUUUGAAGCAGGAUCAAAUUUGGAAAGACCAAACGAAAUUUGAAGACAUUUUUGAUGUGGAUCAUUUCAUUGACUACCUUAAGUAUGAUGUUCGUAUUGUACGUGAUAUUCCACAAUGGUUUACUGAUAAAUCAGAGCUAUUUUCUAGCAUAAGACGGACUGUAAAAAACAUUCCAAAAUAUGCACCAGCACAAUUUUACAUUGAUAAUGUUUUGCCCCGGAUCAAGGAGAAGAAGAUUAUGGCUCUUAAACCAUUUGUUGACAGGCUGGGAUAUGACAAUGUUCCUCCUGAAAUCAACAAGCUGAGAUGUAGAGUUAAUUAUCAUGCACUGAAAUUUCUUCCUGAUAUAGAGCAGAUGGCUGAUUCACUGGCAUCAAGAAUGAGAAACCGAACUGAAAGUUCAAAUCCUUAUAUGGCUUUGCAUCUUAGAUUUGAGAAAGGAAUGGUGGGACUAUCAUUCUGUGAUUUUGUGGGGACAAGAGAGGAGAAAGUCAAAAUGGCAGAGUAUAGAAAAAAGGAGUGGCCUCGACGGUACAAGAAUGGUUCCCAUCUGUGGCAAUUAGCUCUACAGAAGCGUAAGGAAGGACGAUGUCCUCUAGAGCCUGGAGAAGUGGCCGUUAUUCUUCGGGCUAUGGGCUAUCCUAAGGAAACUCAAAUUUACGUUGCUUCUGGACAGGUUUAUGGUGGACAGAACCGGAUGGCUCCACUAAGAAAUAUGUUCCCUAAUCUGGUUACCAAGGAGGAGCUAGCAACCAAAGAGGAGUUAGAUGGUUUCAGAAAGCAUGUGACAAGCCUAGCAGCUCUUGACUUCUUAGUGUGCUUGAAGUCAGAUGUAUUCGUGAUGACCCACGGAGGCAACUUUGCUAAGCUGAUUAUCGGCGCCCGUAGAUACAUGGGUCACCGUCUAAAGUCAAUUAAGCCUGACAAAGGCCUAAUGUCGAAGUCUUUUGGGGAUCCGUACAUGGGUUGGGCUACUUUUGUAGAAGAUGUUGUUGUUACUCACCAGACGCGAACGGGAUUGCCAGAAGAGACUUUCCCCAACUAUGACCUCUGGGAGAACCCUCUGACUCCAUGCAUGUGUAGAGCCUGAUUACAGCAAUUUUAUCAACGACACUGGGACUUUACCCAAUGCAGUUGGGAGAAAUAUGCCGUUUAAGUUAUGAAUUCUAUCUAUCUCCAGGGUAAACGUCGGAAUGCUGGCUCCUGUCAAUAUAAGCUUUGAGGUAGGAGGGGCAGUAAAUAGAAAUUUGAAGCAGAGAUAAUGGCUUGAAGGGAAUGAGAUUGGAAUGUUGGUUAUCAUUUUAAUGAACAGAUUUCCUAUUCUGAGUAUUCUCGUAGCCGAGAUACCGGGUGGAUUUUGUCUUUUCGUCUAACAUGUAGCCAUUCCCCGAUCACUUUUAUUCUUCCAGGAAAAAUUGAUUAUUUUUUGUACUAAGAAAAUUGUGCAAAUCAUUAAUGACUUACAUUAGUAGGUUUAUGUGAUUUUACUAUGCAUUGGCAGGGUGAUAAA